UUAUUAUUUUCUUUAGUAGUCCAUUUGGCGAUCUUAGACCUGUUCCCACUCGCUUGCAAGCAACUCGACAAAGUCCUUCCAGCCUUGUAGAUCCUCAGCCUCCUUCGCAUACAGAACCUCGUCCAGAGAACGUAGAUGUACAUCGCAAAGCAAUGGCUUUGGAAGGGUUAUGCGCAAGAUUCCUUCCAACGGUUAGAAAACAUUGCUUUGCGCAAAGGACAGCCAAGGAGUACGUGAAGCGUUGCGGUGGAUAUUUCCAUGACUGCCGUAGUUUCCUGCCCCGAUCGGAUCCACUUUACAACAUCGCUUAUGCAUUCAAUUCAAAGGUCGGUUUAAACCUUGGUACAGUCGAGGUUAAUGGCAUACCAUACUACCCAAUCAACGAAGAAGGGUCGAUUGGAGUGGGAAGAGUGGCAAAUGUUCCAUUUGGAUCAUGGGGCGGAGGAUAUUCGGAGAAUCUUGGAGUAUCUGUACCAGUGAAACAAGGUGAACUUGGAAAACCUAUCGGUGUAGAUGUAUCUGUACCAGUGAAACAAGGUGAGCUUGGAAAACCUAUCGGUGUAGAUGUUGGUGGAGGUGUCGGCCCAUAUUAUCAACAAAAUCAGCAUGUUGGAGUGGAUUAUAUGAACGGACAAGUUGGCACGAACUUUGGUGUUGGCGUACCAUUUGCUGGAGUAGGAGUGAACACAGGGUUGGGAGUAUCAUUCCCAUCCGUCAACGAUAUCGUCGGAUAG